AUGCCUCGUAUUCACCCUUUUGCGCAACUCUUGCGCACAAUCGCAGCACCACGAACAGUCGCAUGCCAGCACCAACUCCGCUUCUCCACCGCAACGCCCAAGUACACUGAGAAAUCGAAAUCACAUCAAACACCACCACCACCAUCCAAGAACCCACCUCCCCCCAGCCGACCAAACACCACUUCCACCCACCCCUCAACAACACAAAAACAGACCCAGCGCGCAGCCGACCUCGCCACAGCAGAAGCCCUCACCGAAUCCGACAGCGCCCAAGCACCCUCCCCAACACCAACCUCGCCCCCCAAAUGGCACGUCUCGCGCUCCAAAUCCAAAAACCUCCCCGUAUACACCGACUCGAAGCGCGGAGGCAACCUGCGCCUGACCACCGUGCGCAGAAUAACAGGGGACAUAAGGGCGUUGAAGGAGGAGCUGGGAAAGGCGUUGGACAGCGACGAGGUUGGGAUUAAUGCGCUGACGCAGCACGUGAUUGUCAAGGGCCAUCAUAAGGAGAAGAUUGAGCAGUUUUUGACGGAGCGCGGUAUGUAG